AACGAGCAGCUCCGGGCAGCUCUCAUCGAUGAGAGACAGCGCAAGGAGCGUAUCCAGCCUGGUACGCUCGAGCUGUCUGACGAUUAUCAUGGUGGAGCUACUUUCUGGUCUCCACGGAAGGUGCGAGAAGCUCGCCGCCAAUAUGAGCAGAAACAGCGCGAUCAUGAGGAGUUACAACGCCAAAAAGCUAUCGCGGUUAAAGCUAGAGAGGAGAGAAAGCUACUCAAAGCUCAAGAACUAGAUGCGCGACGGCGGGCGCGGGCACAGGCAAAACUAGAUCGUGAGAGGCAGAAAGCUGAAGCAGCUGCCCACCGGAUAGCCCGCCAAGCCGCCCACAAACGACUUCAGAAAGCUAUCAAAAUCUCACAAAGGGGAAAGAAGCCUACCUUCAAGCGCUCUACUGAGCUAGCAUCAAAGAAUAUUAUCGUUGGCAGUAGUAGUGGUGUGAAGCUUGCACAAAAGAUCCUUGAAGAGGCAGAGAGAUUGGAAGCUGGUGGCAAUGGCGAGGGGUCGACUGACGCUCUAUUUGAAGCAACACAGGAGUUGCAAAAGUCUCUACUGACAGCACCGAAGCUACUUCAACAGCACCAGAUCCGCUGUCAAUGUCUCGCUAGCUUGAAGUGGCUGGUGAGAUUUGAUAUCUUCAAUCAUGUUCCCGAUGAUCUCAGUCCUAUUGCCUAUACGGACCUUGCUGUCAAAGCGAAUGUGCCCGUCAGGCGGCUGCAGUCAGUCGUGCGGAUGGUCAUGACGGAUGGCAUUUUUUUCGAACCAUCACCAACGCAGAUUGCACACACCCAACUAUCAGCAUCAUUCGCAUCAGAUAGUGCUUUUCUAGAUUGGGCUUCCUUCAUAUUGAUUUACCAAGCUCCUGUGGCAUAUCAGUUUACUGAAGCAACAGCGAGAUGGCCCAACUCGGUAGACAAACACGAGACAGCGUUCAGUCUGGCCCUCAAUACCGAUUCGACCUUUUUCGAGUACUUGGAAGCUCAUCCGGACAUGACCAAGGCCUUCGCAGGUUACAUGCGUGGUUUGCAACGAAGCGGAAGUGGCAGUGUCCAGCACAUUGUCGAUGGCUUCGACUGGGCCAGCCUGGGCGAAGCAAACAUAGUCGACGUUGGUGGGUCGACUGCACACGCAUCCAUUGCACUAGCCUCCACCUUCCCAGACCUCCACUUCACCGUCCAGGAUCUCCCCGAGGUAGUCCAAGAAGGCAAAGCCAAACUACUCCAUCUCGCCAGCGCCUCUAUAGCCUCACGCAUCAACUUCUCAGUCCACGACUUCCUUACGCCCCAGCAACUCCAACCCAACAGUCCCAAACCCGACAUCUAUUUCCUCCGCAGAAUCUUACACAACUGGCCCGACCACCAUGCCCGCGAAAUCCUCAAUCACCUCGCCGUCGCCCUACGUGAUAGUGGCAAUCCCUGCGCCCGCGUUCUCGUUAUGGAAUCGAUUCUGCCUCUCCCCAGCACCCUUUUUCGCUUCCAAGAUGCCUAUUUGCGUGUGCGCGAUCUUACCAUGACCCAGCUGUUUAAUAGCAGGGAGCGCGAGUUGGAGGAGUGGAAGGACCUUUUUGCGAGUACGGAGCCGAGGUUGGAACUUAGGGCGUGGAAGCAGCCGCCCGGGAGUGAUAUGGCAGUUAUGGAGGUGGCGUUGGUGGGAGCGGAAUGA